AUGGACCUAGUCGUGGCCUUGGUCCUUGGUGUUUCCUGUCUGCUUCUCCUCUCAGCAUGGAGACAGAGCUCUGGGAGGGGGAAGCUCCCUCCUGGCCCUACUCCUCUCCCAAUUAUUGGAAAUAUCCUGCAGAUAGAUGUUAAGAACAUCAGCAAAUCCUUAACGCAUCUGUCAAAAGUCUAUGGCCCUGUGUUUACACUGUAUUUGGGCAGGAAGCCCAUGGUGGUGGUGCAUGGCUAUGAAGCUGUGAAGGAAGCCCUGGAUGAUCUAGGAGAGGCGUUUUCUGGAAGAGGCACUUUCCCAGUAAUUGAAAGACUUAAUAAUGAACUUGGAGUCAUUUUCAGCAAUGGAACAAAAUGGAAGGAGCUCCGACGCUUCUCCCUCAUGACCCUGAGGAAUUUUGGGAUGGGAAAGAGGAGCAUUGAAGACCGCGUUCAAGAGGAAGCCCGCUGCCUUGUGGAGGAGUUGAGGAAGAACAGUGGCUCACCCAGUGAUCCUACCUUCAUCCUGGGCUGCGCUCCUUGCAAUGUGAUCUGCUCCAUUAUUUUCCAGAAUCGUUUUGAUUAUAAAGAUAAGAAUUUUCUUAACUUGAUGGGAAAAUUUAAUGAAAACUUCAAGAUUUUGAAUUCCCCAUGGAUGCAGGUCUGCAGUGCUUUCCCUGCUCUCAUGGAUUUUCUCCCAGGGAGUCAUAACAAAGUAUUUAAAAAUUUUGCUUACAUAAAAAGUUAUGUUUUGGAACAAGUAAAAGAUCACCAAGAAUCCUUGGACCUAGACAAUCCCCGGGACUUCAUUGAUUGCUUCCUGAUCAAAAUGAAACAGGAGAAUCACAAUCAACAGUCUGAGUUUACUAUUGAAAGCUUGUUGGCCACUGUAACUGACAUGUUUGUAGCUGGAACAGAAACAACAAGUACCACCCUGAGAUAUGGACUCCUGCUCCUGCUGAAGCACCAAGAAAUUACAGCUAAAGCCCAGGAAGAGAUUGAACAUGUGAUUGGCAGACACCGGAGCCCCUGUAUGCAGGACAGAAGUCACAUGCCCUACACAGAUGCCGUGGUACAUGAGAUCCAGAGAUACAUUAACCUCAUACCCAACAAUGUGCCCCAUGCAGCGACCUGUAACAUUAAAUUCAGAAACUACAUUAUCCCCAAGGGGACAGACUUAAUAACAUCACUGACAUCUGUCCUGCAUGAUGACAAAGAAUUCCCUAACCCAGAGACUUUUGACCCUGGCCACUUUCUGGAUGAGAAUGGCAACUUUAAGAAGAGUGAUUACUUUAUGCCUUUCUCAACAGGAAAACGUAUGUGUGUGGGAGAAGGCCUGGCCCGCAUGGAGCUGUUUUUGUUCCUGACCACCAUUUUACAGAAUUUUAAGCUGAAACCUGUGAUUGACCCCAAGGACAUCGACACCACCCCCAUUGCCAAUGCGUUUGGCCGUGUGCCACCUUUGUACCAGCUCUGCUUCAUUCCUGUCUGA